AUGUCAGUCAAGCUUUCAAAGAGGCUGAGCAGCAAAAAGAAAAAACCCCUUAAAGACAAUGCCCAGUCAGAGGUUCUACUUAAACUGGGUCUGGAGGAGUUCUGGACCACACCGCUGGACCCAGCAUCUAUGUUGGACAUCAGCACCUGGACUCUGGAGAACCAAGCUCCUCUUGAACCCAAGGAUCUACCCAACACUUUCCUCCAACGCCUUUGGCUGCUUAGCCCAGAUGCUCGGAGUCCUUGCUGCCAACUUCCAUCUGAGGCUCUGGACAGUGCCAACAAAUCAGCUGAGGAGAUGAUCAAUGGUUUUGGAGGAGAGAGCCAGUGUGCCAUCAACCCCCUUGACCUAGUUACGGCUGUCUUUAUGUCUUCCAACACCUUCCUUCAGCAGGAGAUGACAGUGCGCAUGCUGCAGUGCCAGUUUGCUGUGCCCCUGGUACUUCCAAACAUAGAUCCAGAAAAACCUAGCCGCUUCCUCCUUUGGCCUUUGAGAGGUGCUGUGAGCCAAUGGACGUCUCACUUUCCGUGUACAAACAGGAAGGUCCAAAAGGGGGUUUUGGCAAGCACAUGCAUGCCUGUGGUUUCCUGUGUGAAGCUUGGUCACUGUGGUGUCUCCAAGUCACAGGUUCUAAACAAUGUUAUAAGUGGACUCAGAUCUCAUAGUGAAACAUUUCUCCACAGAGGGAUGGAUGGAGGACAACUUCCCCGGAGACUCUCCAAUGGCCUGAUAGAGAUUGGUUGGUGUCUCCCCACUGGAGAAACUGACAGAGAUAUAUUCCCUGUCCCUGUGGCCAUCUGUAACCUACGUGGAGAUGCCAGUGUGCAUGAGAAAUGCCUUAGUCUUCUAUGUCAGGCAUCUUCAGCUGUGGUUAUUUUCUGUGGAAAUCUGAGGGAGAAAGAAAAACAACUUCUUGCUUACUGUAAAGAUAUGGCAAGCAAGGUCAUAGUGAUUGAUGUCUCUGACAUGGAGAAAAAUGAGAACAGAGUUGUGGGGUUUGUUGAUCAGAGCCUUGAAGAGGACAUGGGGCUUCCAGAAGGAUCAGUCCUGCCAGGAAGAGAUCUGAAUGAAGAGGAACUCGCUGAUAGGCUGUGUGACACCCUAAAAUAUUUGUUACCAGACAAACUGAAACAUGUUACACUUGAAGCAGCAGCAAAAUUAGCAGUGGAGCUAGAGCUUAAUGUGGAUGAAGAGGUGGUCUGUAAAAAGGCAAUGGCCACAGUGGAGGAAAUGUUGAAAGGUUUAGAUGAGGGAUCUGCUCUGUUUAGGCAGAAACAGCUGCCUUUGCAGGGGGCUUCAUGGAGCAAACUGGCAGAAAUAGAGAAAGAGGAGUGUAAACAGAAAAAAGAAGGAAAAGAAAUCGACUCUCAACUGCAAAAAGAAAAGAAAGACAUCUUGGUCGAGUUGAGCAGCUACAAAAUGACCCCAACAAUGAAGAUUUUCACAGAUGCCCUUUUCACAACAGAUAUAGUGGAGAGGACUUAUUUCCUUAGCUGGAUGAAACUAAGGCUUUGGAUGUUGCAAAUGGAAAAACAAAACAGUCCACAAGAUCUAGUCACAAAUCAGCAGACCAAAGGGAAUAAUGGCAUGCCUGAACAGUCAGAUGAGCUUGAAAAUGGAGUUAAUGACAACUCAGAGUACAGUGAUAGUUUCUGCACAGAUACAUCAUUUGAAGAGGAAGACAUUGAAGACCAACCUGUAAACACUGAACUGGAAGUUUCUGAGCAACAGUCUGAGAUAGGGCAAGAGUCAAGGCACAUUUUGCAGAUGUCUACAGAAGAGACCAUAGAACCAGAGUCACAACUAAAAGAACAUCUUGAGUCCACACAAGAUGCAGUCAUAGAACAGCAGUUAUCUGAAGAGAAAGAGAUUCAGGGUGAAGAGAUUCUUGAAAACAACGGAGAACAAAUUUCAGAUCCAAUCUCUGAGGACCAAAACCUUCGUUUAGAGUCUAGAGAAAAUGGAACCUUGAGCCCUGAAGGGAAACAGCUGGAUGGACCAGAGCUAACACUAGAUAUGUCACAUGUGGCUUCUUCUGCCGAGCAACAUAUGAGCAUAGACGCUUCUUUUGAAGAUCAGGUACCCUCAUGUUCAGAGCCUUUUGAACUUCAUCCGUUCACGCUGGGGCUCGAGCAUUUUUUGCGUGAGAUGGGGCUCAUUUUUGAGCUCACACACAUCAGCCCUGGUAGUGGGAGCCACAAUGUUCUGCGUCUCCCCAGUUUAGCUGCAGACCUGAUUCUCUAUGGGAUUCCACUUGAACUAAUGGAUGGAGAUGCCUCUAACAUCCCCAUCCGCUGGUUGGGCUGUGUCUUUGCGGAGCUCAAACGCCGCCUUCCUCAAGAACAGUUCAGGACCCGCAUACUAACAAGCCUUGGAGGGCAUCAUGCAAGAAAUGCUGAGGUUCUUUCUGCAUUAUUUGGGGUGAAAUUUCCUGAGGGAGGGAGAAGAUCCACCAGAGGGGUGUACAUGGUCACUCUCUGCCUACCUGAUAACCUCAGAAAGGACAUGGAGUGCGAUUUUUUGAUGUUAAUUGAUGUAGAAGGUCUCUGCUCAAUGCCUCUAGACAACAGAAUAAAUACCCAGACCUGUGACAAUGAGAUGGCCACUGUAGCAGCAGGACUUAGUGAUGUUUUAAUGCAAAACAUCUCUUCACAUGCGGGUUCUGAGUUUGAGACUAACUUCACUGUCAUAGUCAAUGCUCUACUGCGCAUCAAAGAAUGUGGCUCCAUGCCCACUUGCCAUGUCUUGGUCCAGGAUGAAGGAAUAAACAGCAUAUUACAAGCCUCACAGUUAAGGCGUGUAUCUGACAUGCUUCAGACUGAGACUGGCGACAGAGGAAUUAGCAAUGCUGAUAACCAUUAUGCAAAGACCACAAGCUGUAUCACCUCUGUCAAAGGGCCUUGGUACAAUGCAUCCCUAACUGAACCAGUUGAUGCACAGUAUAAUAAGGCUGUGUUGAAGCUUAAGCAAAACCUGUUUGGGGCAUUGAAGAAGUGUGCAGCGAAGUCUGAAGCCUCAGGUCUGCCUGAAUUUGCAGGCCGUCUGUUUGCUGUUUGGGAUGCGGUGAAAGCAAAAUCAUUCUCCGUUGGUCUGCAAAAUACUGACAUAGCUUUAGCAUUCUCCGUAUUGUGCACAGAGCUUUCCCAGUGGGAGGAUAAAUUCCUGGAACACAUGGAAAGUUGGCUCAUGGGGCCAACAAAGAGAAUAAUCGACACAAAGGCAAAAGCUUUAGACAUUACGAUAGAAAAUGAUCUUCUGAGUGAGUUGAAGGAUGAAGCCAGAGAAGAGGUCAAAACAGAGAUGGAUAAACUCAGGUCAAAAGUAGAGGCCAAUUUGAUGAAAGAUGACCAUCUCAAAAUGUACAUCGAAACAUUCAAGCCAAUCCUAAUGAGCAAUAUGGAUGAUCUCCAGGAGCGAGUAACUGAAGAGAUAGUACAAAGGUUGGAGACAGUCAACGAGAGCCACUGUUCUUCCACACAGCUGAAAAAAUUUGAAACCUCACUGGAAAAGGUGCAGGAGUCGAAGCUACAUGCACUACUAGAGAACAGCAAGUCAACCAAACAUCUCCUUCAAGAUACAGAACUGGAAGAGGAAUUUGAGGAUAUCUGGAGUAACACACUGUCCAACUUUGACUUCAGGCCUUCUGAAACAGAUGACAUUACUGCAAGGGUGACAGAUAUUCUGAGAGAGAAUCUCAUCAGUCGUGGUCUCCAGAAACACAUAAAGAAGCUUGAAGUCACUGGCCAAAAUCAGCCCACUAACUUUCAGGUUUAUGAUGAGCACUUUGGAUACCGCAGCAGAUUAAAGCACAUGUUUGAAGACAACAACAGAUUACAGAGGAUAGAAGCUCAACAACUAGCAUGCAAUAUCAUAGACGAAUACAAUCAGUUUGUAGCAGAUAAAUCAAGUUCACCAGCAGAUUUCUCUGACAGCUUCAUUACAGAAAUGCUAGAAAAUGUUGAGAAAGCUUUGAAGGAAAAAUCUAUGGAAAUCAGAUCAGCUUUUGAAGUGGAUCUGAAAGUUUAUCUCUGUAGCGCUGCAUGCCGAGACUUCCAAAAACAACAUGACCGCUACGCCAAGGACAGAGAUCUUUUGACAUGUAUCAAUACAACCAAGGGUAAGUACUUGGCAGAGUUUAUUUACCAGUUGAGGAAGAGAGACCAGUGUCAGAGGUUGGCCCAGACAUUCACUACCAUGGUCAUCAAACCCACAGUGUUAGAUUACAUCUAUCGACCACUUGGGAAGCGUAUCGUGGAGGAGAUACAAGGUAAAUCCCCACAGUAUCUGUCCCAACAGGCAUUCCACAAAAGCUUGCUGGAAGAGCUGAUAAGGGAAGACAGGUUUGAAAGCUUCAUCGAGUACUUGUUUUCCUAUGACAGCUUCAGACUGAGGAAGAUCCAGGAGACAGUGGUGGCUCACCUGUCUGAAUCAACCAAUUUGGAUAAAUGGAGACAACACAGACUUGGAGAAAUUGUAGGAAAAUUUGCAGCAGCAGUGAGCCAAACGGCAGAAGGCACCAAUGGUGUGCUAACUGAUACAAAGCCCCUGCUGGAGAGAGUGUGCCUCACUCUGGAGAGAGAUGGAGACAUAGAUGUCACCAGGGCCUCUCUGAAUGGACCACUCUUCAGUAUCACCACAGAAUGGGAUCGCUUCAUCACAUGUUUAAUGGAGUUACUGGCUGCAAUGCGGUUGGACCUAGCCCAGGAGUUCUCCCAAAAUGUGAAUAUUAACCAACUUCUUCAGUGCCUUCCCAUUCAACCUCAAGACUCCAUUUUCAACAGAGUAAGAGGAUGUGGCAAGCAAUGUCCUUUUUGCAAAGCCCCCUGUGAGGUGGAAGAGAUUGAGCAUGAGGUUCACAGGGUCUUGCUCCACCGGCCCAAGGGUAUGUUUCCUUGUGAAUCCUCCUCUCUGUUCUGUAUCAGCUGCCCUGAAAGCAUGACCCAGGCCAAUCUGCCCGAGAACAUGGACACACAGCAUAUGUCUGUGGCAUGCAGGGACCUCCAUGCCCUCGACCCAGACUGGAGCAUCUCCCCUGAGGACCCAAGCAACCAGACACCCAAUGCUUACUGGAGGUAUGUGUUGGCGCGGUUCAAUGAAAGAUUUGCAAAGGAAUAUGAGCAGGAGCCAGCAAAGAUUCCUGAGGAGUGGAAGAGGAUCACUCAGGAGGAGGCCCUUGACAGUCUGAAAGAGGCCUUCCUCACUUGA